AUGUUUGACCGUCCGAGAUGUCGCGACUGGAGUCCACUAUCGACGCAGCAGCUACGGUUGCGCAGCUUAAUACAAAUAUCCGGACACAACAUCAUCGUUCCGGAGCGUGCCCCAACCAGCACGUCAUCGGCAGAAGGAGGAAGAUCCAAAUGUACCGUUUACUUUACGCUUCACCAGACACCUCACUCCGCCCCGUUUUACACGAGUGAAAAGCAUGACCUACACCGGAACGUGCUGUGGGCGGAAAUCGACUGCCCGGCCACGAUCAAAUCCUCCCUGCGGAGUGUGUGUGUGCGGGUGUGGCAACACAACGGUGCGUCCGAUGUACCGGGUGUUCCCAUGAUCGACACGGGAGGGUUAAGCUCUGCCGGAACGAAAGUGCCUCACGAAAGCGAUAAAAGUGUGGAAGAUGAGUGCGAUGGGCAGCAUCAGAAUCCGAACGAUAAACCAAACCAACCAACGACCAACAACACCGAUCGGAUGCUGUUUGCAUGGGGCGUAUAUUUCUCCGGACUGGUGCCAUUGGCACGGCGCAACGAAAAGCGUCUCCAGUCGAAUACGCUGGUGUUUCAGCUGCACGGCGGCUACUUCACUUCGGCUGCCUGCAUUCUCGAACCGGAGCAGCGACGACCGAUGGUUUCAGCGGUUAUGUCCGACGGGACCACACCUAAAACGUUGCCGAUUGUUACUACUACUGCUGGACAGGCGACCUAUUCGCCCUCGGCAACGAUUCCCAUAGUUGGUAGUGGGCGGCGUGGUCCGACCGGUGGUGGUGGACGCGCGAACACCACCGAGAACGUCUUACACUGUGAUACUAGCAAUAAUUCCUCCCCACUGGCGUCUGGUGGUCCUCACCUUUCCUAUCAGACGCCUUCGUCCGCGUCUCCGAACCAGUGGCACUACGCGAACGGCGGUGGCAUGCUGCUGGGUGUGGAAGGCAGACUGGAGAAACUGUCCGUAUCACCGGUGGUUAGCAAUGGUGGAAGCAGCACCGGUACGGGCCCAUUUCCACAUCCCCGAUCCGUCAGCCCAUCCACACCGAUCAGUUGGACCGAACCGACCGAAACGAGCCUGAAGUUGCGCUACCUCGUGAUGGAGUUUCUGCCGGCGGAAGUACGCCCUUGCUACGAUGUUGCGCGUUUACUUGCAAUACAGGAACGACAAAGGCGCAUCCGGUACGAAGCGGAGAGUGCCAAAACGUUAACCGAGCGGAUCUGCAUGAAGAGUGCCUACUGUCUCAAUAUGGAGCUGUUUAGCAGCAAGCACCUGGUGUACCGGACGGGGGGCAACCAGGGCCGAACGGGCGGUAUGGGUAAGCAGCUGAGCAAACUGCUCUACCAGGAGCGUGAACCGAUCGAUCCGGCGGUACUGCUGCGCGGCCAGGAACUGCGGCGACACAUCGAGCGGGCUCGGUUUCGCUGCCGGUUGUUGGCGCAGGAACGCGACCGGAUGGGCGUUGGGAUGCAACAGCUGCGCUAUCGAUUAAAUGCGGCCUGUGAUAGUAACAUUGAGCGGGAAUCUUCGCUGAUGGAACGGUACCGAACGUACGGGCGCGAGAAGGAACAGCUGUAUCAGCAGAAGAUGGCGUACGCCAGCCAAAAGGACAGCGUGCGGGAGGUGUUCGGGAAGAUGUUGCUGGUGCGCCAUCGUUUGUUGAAGGGGUUGAAUGAAAUUUAUUAUAUCAAAUCGACAAAUCAAGGUAUCUACACCAUUAAUGAUGUACCUUUGCCGAAUGCAGAAUCAUACUCCGACUCAACGCCGGCACUGGCCCUUAGCGUUGCCCUUGGUUUUGUCGCUCACGCUGUGAUGAUGUGUUCCUCGUUUUUAGAUAUUCCUCUACGAAAUCCCAUAAAGUAUGACGGUUCUCGUUCGAAAAUAGUGGACCACAUCAAGCUGUUACCGACGAUAGAUCGAGACUUCCCUUUGCACUGUCGGUCCGGUCCGGCACCGAACGCACUGCUGUACGGUGUGUACCUGUUAAAUCAGAACAUCUCCCAGCUGAAGCAUUCGCUCUCGCUGAGCCGUGGUGAUCCGCGGGCCACGCUCGUCAACCUGCAAAACAUUCUCACCAUCCCGGGCAUCGGUGGUGGAGCACUGCAAAACCGCCAGCUGGAGGAACCGUUCCAGAUGUUGCCCGCCUCCAUGUACGGUUCGUCUGCGGUCGAUUUGAAAAUGUCGCCCGGGUUCGUACCGGUACCGGCCGGUGGGAGCAGCAGCGGUAGCAGCAGCAGUGGAUCCUUCCUACGGGAAAGUCCAUCGUGCAGUAGAAUUUCCCGCUCGGUUGAUUACUACCCGGACCGGUUUCAGGAUCGACGACAGCAAAUGCAAAAACAGUAUCAGCACAAUCGGCACCAUCCGUUGCAGCAGGCAGCGACCCGUUCGAGCAGCGGAGGAAUAACCGUUGACCAGGAGCACCUUCAUCCAGCGAGGCGCGGAUGUGGCGAUAGUACGUUUGCUUCCGAUCCCAUUCUAGCUCAAAGCGUCCCAUUGCAGCGGCCGUUCGAUUUUGAUGGUGGCAAAAAGUUCUAA